CCUCCGCAUGUGAGCAGCUCGCUCGAUCGGCUCGGACAAGAAGCAACCCGCUUCAACCCCCGACCAUCGAUCGGCUUGAUCAUAGUGGAGUGCUGGGGCGGUAGUAUAUAGGCGUCUCGAGGCGGAGGACAUGGUGAAGUUCUCGCGGGAGUACGAGGCCAGCGUCAUCCCGGAGUGGAAAGGGGCCUUCGUCGACUACAAGGGACUCAAAAAGCUCAUCAAAAAGAUCAAGCUCGCACAGCGCGACGCCGACGGCAGCAGCUCGGGAGACUCCUCGUCGGAGGAGGCCGCCCUUGCCGCCGGUGUCGAGAGCGUCGGCUAUGGCGGUGGCUUCUCCGUGCUCGACCCCGUCCACGCCCUGGCCUCCCGGUUCUCCUCGGAGGACGAGGAGAGCGGGGAUUCCGGGGAGCUCGUGCCAUCCACGGACAAGCAUGAGCGGGAGUUCCUGGAGAAGGCGGACGAGGAGCUGGAGAAGGUGAACACCUUCUACGCGACGAAGGAGGCGGAGCUGCUGGGCCGCGGCGAGGCGGUCAUCGACCAGCUGCGCAUCCUCGCCGACGUCAAGCGCAUCCUGGCCGAUCACGCCGCCACCCGUCGCGCCAGGGGCACACUCUCCAUGGUGGCACCGUCCUCGCCGGCGCUCAGCGGCUCCGGCCUGGCCACGCAGCAGUCCAUGUCAGAUGGGAGCGCGGAGCUGCAGCAGGCGCAGAUGACGGAGGGCGCGGCGGUGGCGGACGAGGUGAUGGCUGCGCUGGAGCGCAACGGCGUCAGCUUCGUGGGGCUGCCGGCGAAGAAGGACGCCAAGAAGGAGGGCAGCGGCAGGGGCGGGAGGCCGUCGACGGUGCGGAUCGACAUCCCGGCGAGCAACCCAGGGCGGGCGGCGCUCAAGGUGUGGGAGGAGCUGGUGAACGUCCUGCGCAAGGACGGUGCCAGCCCCGCCGCCGCCUUCGUCCACCGGAAGAAGGUGCAGCACGCCGAGAAGAACAUCCGCGACGCCUUCAUGGCGCUCUACCGCGGCCUCGAGCUGCUCAAGAAGUUCAGUUCUCUGAAUGUAAAGGCCUUCACCAAGAUUCUCAAGAAAUUCGUCAAGGUGUCGGGGCAGCAGCGAGCGACAGACCUUUUCUCGCAGAAGGUGAAGGGAUCAUCGUUCAACACCUCCAACAAGGUUCUUCAGCUGUCGGACGAGGUGGAGUCACUCUUCCUGAAGCACUUUGCGGGCAACGACAAGAUGGUGGCGAUGAAGUACCUCAACCCAAAGCAGCCCAAGAGCACGCACAUGGUCACCUUCCUCGUAGGGUUGUUCACGGGCACAUUUGUGAGUCUAUUCAUCAUAUACACCAUCCUGGCACAUGCUUCCGGCAUUUUCGCCUCUGUCGGAGACACGGCCUACCAUGAAGUAGUCUACCAUGUCUUCAGCAUCUUCGCGCUCAUCAGCCUGCACUGCUUCCUCUAUGGAUGCAACCUGUUCAUGUGGAAGAGCACACGGAUCAACCAGAACUUCAUAUUCGACUUCGUGCCCAACACUGCCCUCACGCACCGGGAUGCCUUCCUCAUGUCCGCCUUCAUCAUGUGCACUGUUGUCACCGUGUUGGUCAUCAACCUCUUCCUCAUAAACGCCGGUGUGCCCUACACCAAUGCCGUGCCAGGGGCUCUCAUAGUCUUGUCGGCCGGACUUUUAUUCUGUCCAUUCAACGUGUUCUACCGCUCGACGCGCUACUGCUUCAUGCGCAUCAUGCGCAAAAUCAUAUUCUCGCCAUUCUACAAGGUUGUGAUGGCCGAUUUCUUCAUGGCUGAUCAGUUAACUAGUCAGAUCCCAUUGCUAAGGCACACGGAGUUUGCAGCGUGCUACUUCAUGGCAGGAAGCUUUAGGGCUUACCCAUAUGAGACUUGUACUAAGAACCAGCAGUACAAACACCUGGCCUAUGUGAUCUCUUUUCUCCCUUACUACUGGAGAGCUAUGCAGUGUUUAAGAAGAUACCUGGAGGAACAUGACGUAAAUCAACUCGCCAACGCUGGGAAGUACGUGUCGGCGAUGGUUGCGGCUGCUGUCAGGCUCAAGUACAAAGCAACACCGACGCCAUUCUGGGUGUGGAUGGUCCUCAUAACGUCCACAGGCACCACGGUGUACCAGCUCUACUGGGACUUUGUCAAGGAUUGGGGCUUUUUCACUCCCAAAUCUAAGAACCUAUGGCUUCGAGAUGAUCUCAUCCUUAAGAACAAGUUCACCUACUACGUUUCCAUGGUAUUGUACUUUGUUCAACUGAUUUUUAGUAUGACAUUAGUACAGAAAGGAGCGGCUUUUGGAGCACUAAUUUUUUCACAAAUGCAGAUGCUAAAUCUAGUGCUUCGGCUAUCAUGGACUAAAAGUGUGAUGAAGAUUUCUAUUACCAAGAAUGAGACUCGCCUACUGGAUUUCUCCCGUGCCUCCCUGGAAAUAAUCCGACGAGGACACUGGAAUUUCUACAGGCUGGAGAACGAACACUUGAACAAUGUCGGCAAGUUCAGAGCAGUGAAGACUGUCCCAUUGCCAUUUCAUGAACUCGAAACCGAUUGAUGAUUAAGACGGAGAGAAGAGUGUAACAACGUGCUCCCGAUACCAAAGGAUCGGCUUAGCCCCCAUUCGGCCCCAUCCUCCAAGUCGCUCCAUGCAACCGCCAGCGGCAUGGCUGCCCCCAAGCUCACUCCUGGCACCCCAGGCACACGCGGUGCAGCUGGCGACGCCGAGCUUGGGGGCAGCGUCCGUGGCGUCCCAGCCGCAGGAGGUGCUAGACACUGAAGUCAGGAAACAUUGCACACUGAUAACAGUAGAUUGUUAGACACCAAUUGGUGCAAACCACUAAUAUGGGGAUCAAUUGAUAUACCAUCCAAUGUAACGGUAAUAGAUUGAAGUUUGUGUAUAAUCAAAGCUGAAUCUACCAUACUCUAUCAGAAA